AGUUACGAUUCGGACGUGAGCGCGUGAUUUCAUAUGUCAGUCACAGUGCUUUUUUAUUGCACACAAGUGUAUGCGUUUGAAUGCAUUUCGAAUUUUUGCUGAAGCCUCGCAUCCGAUUUGCACUUUUCAAUGCUCGCCGAUUUUGCACGGCUUAUUUGAAUCGUAAGUGUUUAUUUACGGUAAUAAACUUUCAAUUAAGCGAAUUCGUGUGUGUUACUUAAAGGAAACAUUUAUUAAAAAACUGCGUAUACAGUAAACUUUUGUGUACGCAGAGUGUACUGAUUUCUAUUAACUGCAAGCACUUUGCAAACUUGUAAGUGCAUUUGCGCAGUUUGGCCGUCGGCGGCUUGUUAGAUAAGGCAAAAAUUGCCGCCGCCAAUUCGCGCUACGGUGCCAUGAUGCUUGACAUUAAAACCUCUGCUGAUUAUUUGUCACGUUCGACGGGAAGUUUUAGCAAUUUUUCAAUGUUAUUCGCAGAUUCUUCGUACAAAUCCUCUUGGGGUUCACACAGCUCUUCGCAAUCGCAGGGCUAUGGCUCGAAUGCGUUAAGCAGCGUGGGCGUGAGUGUUGGAAAGUCAUCGCUCGAUCCGCACUCACAUCUCAGACAGCCAG